AAUCUCAUUGUUCAUCUUUGAAGAAAAAAAAAAAAAGGAAAAGGAAAAAGAAAAAAGAAAAAAAGGAGAAACUUUUAUAUUUACCGACAAAGAAGAAGUUAAUCAAAAGUGAAAAGAAAAUCUGAUUUUCGUAAUCCAAAAUCUUGUAGCAGAAAUCAACUCACUUCUUCUCCAAAUCUCUAUACACACCAGUCUUCGUGUAAGUUAAUCGGAAGCUGAUUUUCGGUGCAGUGCAACCCUAAUUCCCCAAUUGAUUUUGGAAGCAAUUUAAUUGGUUUACGAAUCGAACAAAAUCGGUUCGUUGGAGGAUUCGAUGGCAGGCAAUGGCCUGCCAACACUAGGCAGGGUGAAGCUGGUCGAUUUAAUACCCACCGAAGGCCUUCCUUCAGACACAUACAAACUCUCCGUAUCGACUCUCUCACAAUCCUUAGCUCAAUACUCCGCCGCCAUUAUUCAAUUCCCCAUAACCGAUGGAGCUCUCUUAAAUUCCUGCCUCGAGUCAUCUCGUCUCUACUUUCACCACAAACCAUCUUUCCCAUCCGCUGACAUCAUUGAGUCUCGUGAUUGGUGCAAAACCUCCGGUUAUCAAGCCGACCCACAAACAUGGCAAGAAAACUACGAUUAUAGGCCCGGCCUCACCCUCUUAGAGCCCGUUAACGAAAUCGAAAUCGAAAUCCCGCCCGCAGGUUUAGUCCACCUCUUCGGUCUGCUCGGAAAAGCUUCUAGAGAAAUAUUGGACGCAAUAAGUUUCUACCUUAAUCUACGUAGUUCGCCUUUCACUGAAAUACUCGAUAGUGUCCCUUUAAGAAAUCGUGAAAUAUCGUCCUCCGUUUUGUCUGUUAGUUGCAACGGAAGGCCUUCUUUUCAGGGACUGCACCGUAAUUUGACCACCCAAGAAGAUGGGCAGAUAGUUAUGUUCUCCGACCACGACUACCAGGUCGAUCGGACAUUAUUAACUAUUACGAAAUCGGAUAAGGCGGGGUUGCAUGUAAGAGAUUUUCACGGUAAUUGGGUUCUCGUGGACGGUGAUCUUGGGCCCGAAGAAGCUGUAGUGUAUCCCGGGCUUGCUUUGUAUCAGGCAACUGCUGGUUAUAUAAACCCUGCCAUGCAUAGGACUGAUAUUAGUGGUUUUCAAGAUUCUAUUUAUGGCCGUUUUUCGUUGGCGUUUAAACUCAUGCCUAAAUCUAUUGCGAGUCUUGAUUGUUCGGAAAUGAGAGCUGCUGGGCAUGGGGUUGAAGCUCAGUUUCAGAUUCCUGUACAGGUCGAUGACUUUAUGCAGAGAUCCACCGAUCAACUUCUUAAUCGGAACAGUUUCGCCACUUUCGGUUUCCCGACAGGUCAAGAAGGAUGUAUAAAACCAACGAUGCAGCAAAGGAAAAAGAACAACACGAGAUGCAAGCCUCUCCCUCCUUCGAAGAGGCUCCGCCUCGAAGCACAAAGAGUGCUCAAAGAGAGAGUUCAAGAAAUCGCGGACAAAAAGGGCAUCAAAUUAAGAUUCUGCACUUUGAAAGAGUGCGAAAAUCACGUCCAAUCGAUCGACAGCCCGUGCGCUGGGGUAAGGCUGGAGAUAGGGUGGCCCACCGGGGUCCCGUUUGUGCACCCCCACGACCUCCCUAAUAAGGCCAAGAUUGGAUUUCUCGAAACCUACGAACCUGGUUGGUCCGAGACUAAUGAUGAUGUUGAGUAACCGUGUGGCAUCUCUAAUGAAUGACAAUAGUUGGAAGAAUGACAUGAAUCUUAAUAGUUUGUAAUAUAUAUAUCUGAUCAUCUAAGUAUAUCUUUGUAGUGUUUACUAUUAUAAUGUUGUUAAUUUUAUAAAAAAGGAAAUUAGAUUAAAUAUUUAGGCUAAUUUACAGAUUAGGAAAUGAAAUGUAAUCAGAGGCUGCUUGUGUGAAUACAGUUGGGUUUGUUUUCUAGUCAUUUACUGUGAUUUUGGAUUA